AUGACUUACAAAAGACCACAUCUGAAAUCAGGGGGACGAGGUCCCAGAGGAAUUUCAGAACCUGAGCCAGCCAAAUGCCCUUAUGAUCAGGAAACUAGUGCAUUUGCUGCCAAUUCUCCUUCCAAUAUAUCUGUGAAUCUAGCAAGUGUAAAAUGCUCAGCCAAUAUGACUUCAUCAGCUAGUUUAUCACCAUCUCUUCUGGAAACCCUAGUAAAAAACAUAAAUUCCUCCAGUGAAAUGUCUACCACUCAAAGAACUCCUGCAGAACUUGUCUACUCCCUGGCCGAACUGAUGAGUGCCACUCCUGUUCUUCGAACACCUAAGAGACGAUACAUGAGCCCAAAUGAUGAUUCAUUUAGAUCACCAAGCAAACUGGUCCAGCGUUCACCCCGUAGUAAGAGCCACAUGGUUUCAUGGAGAAACCAUACUGUCUGUACCACAACAAUUUGCACUUCUGAAGAGUAA